GUCGGCAGCGGCGGCGGUAGCGGGGCUGCUGCUCCUCCCAGCAUCCCUGGCGCGGCCAUUUCAGCCCCAUCUUGGCUGAGGGGAGGGAGCUGCAGCCGCCGCUUCAGCAGUUUGAAUUUCAGUUUCUCCAGAGCCUGCGAACCGGUCGCACCGAGGAGGAGCCGAAGAAGCUACCGCCGCUACCUCACACAGCCAGAGCGCCGCCGCUUGCCGGCCCGCCGGCCGCCGCCCCUCAUUCUCUCAAGAGCCGCGAGGGGAGGCCGAGACCGCCGCCGCCGCCCGCCCGCGGGGGUGGCUCCCCCUGUAAGGGGAGGACCGAGCCGGCUUUCCCCUCCCCCGGAGCGGGUUUCCGCCAGAGACAGUCGACAUGUCCCUGGGGCUGAGCUCCGGCUAGAGCCGGGGAGGGAGGGCCGCCCGGCCGCACCGAAGCUCCGCCGCCCGCCCGCGGCUCCCGGCUGAAUCAGGAAUCCCUGGCUCCGGACUCGCCACUCCUCCUUCUUCCCUUUCGGCGUCCGAGAGCCCGGAGCUGACGCCGGCACUGGCUCGAGGAGCGGGACAGCACCGCCCCUCACGCCGCCGCCUCCGCCUCCUCCCCUUCGCCCUCCCACUCCCACCCCCCAGCCUAGGCCUGCUGACCGCGCGGAGCGCCGAGCUGGACUGACCACGGCGGCCCGGAGACGCGAGGAGGAAGCAGCCGGCCCGCCCCUGGGAUCGCGCUUUCGCCGCCACUGGGGGGAUUGAAUUGAGGUGCCGCGACUGCGGGAGGCGAGAAGGAAGGAGGAGCCGCCGCGCGAGUGAGACGGGGGCAGAGCCGAAGAGACCGACACGGAGAAGGAAACGGGAGGAGGAUGUCUCGCGGAGCGGCCGACGCACAGAUCAACCCGUGACUCUUACAGCGGCGGGCCUCAGACCCCAGCGCGGACGCGGACUUUGUCUUUGGGGGCCCUGCUCUGCCCUUCCUGGUUUCCGGCAAGAUCGCAGAGGAGCCGGCGUGCCUCUCUGCCCUCCAGCCUUCCUCACCAUGUCCAAGAUGCCGGCCAAGAAGAAGAGUUGCUUCCAGAUCACCAGUGUCACCACGGCCCAGGUGGCCACUAGCAUCACCGAGGACACCGAGAGCCUGGACGAUCCGGACGAGUCACGCACAGAGGACGUCUCCUCCGAGAUAUUCGACGUUUCUCGGGCCACGGAUUACGGCCCCGAGGAGGUCUGCGAGCGCAGUUCCUCCGAAGAGACGCUCAACAAUGUUGGGGAUGCGGAGACUCCCGGUACCGUCUCCCCCAACCUCGUCCUGGACGGACAGCUGGCGGCCGCGGCGGCCACUCCCGCCAAUGGAGGAGGAGCCGCUUCGGCCCGCAGCGUGGCUGGGGCGCUGGCCAGUACCCUAGCGGCGGCCGCCACCUCGGCCCCCUCCCCGGGGGCCCCCGGAGCACCCCCGGUCGCGGGCCCCUCCGCCGGGCCAGGGACUGCCGCCCCCUCGCAGCCCCCCACCACUUGUAGUUCCCGUUUCCGCGUGAUCAAGCUGGACCACGGCAGCGGGGAGCCGUAUAGACGGGGUCGAUGGACGUGCAUGGAAUACUAUGAGCGGGAUUCCGACAGCAGCGUCCUGACGCGGUCCGGGGAUUGCAUUAGACACAGCAAUACUUUUGAUCAGACUGCGGAUCGGGACAGCGGCCUGGGCGCCACCGGAGGGUCCGUGGUGGUGGUGGUGGCCUCCAUGCCGGGGGCGCACGGACCCGACUCGGGAACUGACAGUUCCUUGACUGCUGUGUCACAGCUACCCCCGUCGGAGAAAAUGAGCCAGCCCGCCCCGGCCCCGCCGCAGAGUUUUGGCGUUGGGCAGCCGCAGCCGCAGCCGCCGCCCGUAGGUGGGGCUGUGGCUCCGAGCUCGGCUCCGCUGCCGCCGUUCCCGGGAGCCGCGGCCGGGCCGCCGCAGAUGAUGGCAGCCCCGCCGCCCAGCCAGCCUCAGGGCGCCGCGCCUGGCUCCGUCCCCCCGGGGCCCAACGGACAGGGCCUGCCGCUGACGAAUGUAACCCUGGCGCAGCCCGGCCUGGCCCUGCCUCCGCAGCCCGGCCCGGCCGUGGGCGCUUCUGCCGCGCCGCCGCCCCAGCAGUUCGCGUAUCCCCAGGCUCAGAUUCCGCCGGGCCAUCUGCUGCCCGUCCAGCCCGCCGGCCAGAGUGAGUACCUGCAGCCGCACGUGGCCGGCCUGCAGCCGCCCAGCCCGGCGCAGCCCUCGUCCGCGGGCGCCGGAGCGGGCCCCGCCGCGUCGGCCGGCCUCCCCGCGGGCCCCGGCCAGAACGCCUCCUCCACGGGCGCGCAGAUUAUGGGCGCGGCCUCCCUGCCUGGCGAAGCCGUGGCCCCGGGGCCGGGCCCCGCGCAGGGCGGACCGGCCGCCGCCGGUCAGCCGGCCGGAGUGCCCCCGGCUGCCGUGGGAGGCGCGGCGCAGUCGGGCCUGGUUCCCGCCGGGGCCGGGCAGCCGCAGCCCGCGCCUCCGCCGCAGAUGGGCGGCAGCGGCACGCCAUCGGCAGUGCCCGGCGGCCCUCACGCCGUGGUGCCCGGAGUUCCGAACGUGCCUGCAGCCGCGCCCGCUCCCAGCGUGCCUAGUGUGUCUACCACUUCUGUUACUAUGCCAAAUGUACCCGCGCCCUUGGCCCAGGCGCAGCAGCUGAGCAGCCAUCCUCCGGUCAGCAGGAGCGGCAGCAUCAUCCAGCACGUGGGGCUGCCCUUAGCGCCAGGCACGGCCAGUGCACCGACGAGUCUACCGCAGUCUGACCUAAGCCAGUUUCAGACUCAGACCCAGCCUUUAGUCGGGCAAGUUGACGAUACUAGAAGAAAAUCCGAACCCCUACCUCAACCACCACUUUCUCUCAUUGCUGAAACUAAGCCUGUUGUGAAGCCUCCUGUUGCAGAUGCCCUGGCAAACCCCCUUCAGUUAACACCUAUGAACAGUCUCUCCACCUCUGUAUUCAGCAUAGCUAUUCCUGUUGAUGGUGAUGAAGACAGUGCAUCUGGGGGAGGUGGUGUAGCCAUUGACAACAAAAUAGAACAAGCAAUGGAUCUGGUGAAAAGCCAUUUGAUGUAUGCAGUAAGAGAAGAAGUGGAAGUUCUAAAGGAACAAAUAAAAGAAUUAGUUGAAAGAAACUCUUUACUUGAACGAGAAAAUGCACUGUUAAAAUCUCUUUCAAACAAUGAUCAGUUAUCCCAACUCCCAGCCCAACAGGCCAAUGCUGGUAGCACUUCUCAACAGCAAGCAGUGAUAGCACAGCCUCCGCAGCCAACGCAGCCUCCGCAGCAGCCGAAUGUGUCCUCAGCGUAAAGCUUUCUUGCCUCAUUAAGAAAAAAACUGAAAGCAAUCUAUCCUUGUGUGCCACUGGUGUUCUUUCCACUUUAUACGAAAGCAAGUAGCCAUGCUUCAGUUGUGUGUUUGGCCUUUUCAGUAUUAGACAAUCAUUCUGCAAGAGCUUUUCCUCUCUUUGAGAUGUCAUGCAGUGCUGUUGAUGUCCAGUUUAUGUCAUCAGUACACAAGGAGAAUAAUAGAUGGGGUGUAUUAAAGAGAGCAAAGUUAGCAUUUUACCUGGUGCGCACGAGUGGGGUCUUUUAAGAGCUUUGGUGGCUCUCCCAUGUUUCCUAUUAUCCAUGGAUUUACCCUGAGCCUUCCUAUCGCAUUAUAAAUAACAGUUCAUCUAAAGAGCCACUUUUCUUUCAAUAUCAGUAACAUUUGCCUACAUAAGUUUUCAUUUAUUUGUGUUUUAUUUAUUACAGGGCUGCUAUUUUCAUAAUGUACAUGAACAAUGUCACAGAACUUUUUUAAUUUUUUUGAAUAAUUAUAAGUAUCAGUAAAGGAAUUGAAAGACAGGAUUGCAUUUAAUAGAUGAAACGUUUAGGCAAUAACUGAACAAAAGAAUCCUGGCAUAUUUCUAACACUAAUGGCAAUUUACCUUCGGUAUUUAUUUUCAGUAGUAAAGACCCAGCUUGAAUGUAAAUUUUGUAUAGUGUAAGUAUGAAGAACAUAGUGCAACUGUACAGGUAGUCACCAGUUAUUGUGAUAUAAUAAAUAAUUGGGCUAUUUUGAUGAAGAAAACUUUGUUCAUUUGUUUCUACUUUCUAAUAGAGAAAUUGCCACGAUUCCUCUGCUUUUUGACAUUUCGUAUGACUUUUUUUUCGGGUGGGAAUAAAAAGCUGUGAAAUUGUUCAACCUACUUUGUAACCAAAGAAGCAAAGCUGUGUAAUGGAGGUUUUUUUUUUGGGUUUUUUUUUUUUGGUUUUUUUUUAUAAUGCACAUUCUUUAUGUAUUUUUAUUUAGUGUUCUCUCGGUCACAAUUUUCUUUGCUGUCUAGCAUGAUCUGCAUGACCUAUAAUCUUUGAACCACUUUCGUACCUCAUGUUUUUAUCCAGCACUCUUAUUGUAAUAUGUACUAGUCUGUGAACAAUGUCAAAUAAAAAAGAACGAACAGGUAGUAUGGUGGAGCUGAGCUAGUGUACUAUACACUAGUUGUAAAAAAAAAAAAAAAAAAAAUAAUGAAGUGAGCCAUCUUUUUGUUCAUUUAAAAUGGUGUUUUGAAUUUCGUAUGCAGAAAACGUUUUGUUACAUUGCAGAUUUUAAUGUAUUUAAUAAA